GCCUGCCACACGCCGCCGCCGCCGCCGCUGCUUCUCGUCUGGGUCCGACAGCAGAGGUGAACAUGGCAGACUUUUCGGACCGGUCGGUGCAGGUAGCCGUGGUGCUGUCCUUCGCUGCCGGCUUCGUAGCAGGCUGGCAAGCCAACAGAAUGCGGAGGAGGUUUCUGGACUGGAGGAAGAAGCGGCUGCAGGACAAACUGUCAGAGACUCAGAAGAAACUGGACUUGUCUUGAAGGGUUGCCCCUCCAACAGGCAUAGAUGCUAAAUAUGUGUGACUUCUCCUUCGAUUCCCCACACACAACAGUGUCAGACUGGUUUCUGUGGCUCUCACUGACUAGGACGCACUUCACACUUCUUUUAAUAAAUGUAAUUUUGAUAAAUGUUGCACACGUGUUCGGUGUUUUGUCCAUC